CUUAUGACAACUGCUUUUUACUAACGUGCACCAUAUUAGCUGCAAAUAGCCUUUUAAAACACUAGCAUGCGGCUGCUACGCUAACCGUGAACGGCACUACGGUGAUAUUAAUGCGACGGCUUAGCUUGGCGACGUUGGUUUUUAAACCAUUCCUCCUCAGGAUAAACGAAAAGUGACAAGCGAUGACUCCUGGGGGAACGAGCCGACAUCACGGGCUGUGCCUAUGGACGCUCGCCAUCUUUCUGCUAGUUUUGACUGCUCGUUUGGGAGAAACGACCUCAGGAUACGACCCAUAUAAAGUCCUCGGAGUCAGCAGGAGUGCCAGCCAGGCAGAAGUUAAAAAGGCAUAUAAGAUCCUUGCCAAAGAAUGGCAUCCGGAUAAGAAUAAAGACCCCGAGGCUGAAAAUAUGUUCAUCAAGGUUUCAAAGUCAUACGAGAUUUUGUCUAACGAAGAGCGAAGGGCCAACUUUGACCGCUAUGGGCAGGUGGAUGAAAACCAGCCCUUUGGCCGGUCGCACCAUCAACAAUUCCGCAGUUUCCACAAUUUCUACUUUGACGAGACUUCCUUCCAUUUCACCAGGUCAAGGGACUUUGCAGACAGCAAGUACUUGCUUCACCACGCCCAGUUUAACAGCGACAUCCUUCCAGAUAGCCACAAGAGGCCUUACCUCAUAAAGGUCACCUCCGAGUGGUGCUUUGCGUGUAUCCGUGUAGAGCCUGUGUGGAAGGAGAUUGUGCAGGAACUCGAGCCGCUUGGUGUCGGUAUUGGCAUCGUGGACCUCGGUUAUGAGCUUCGUCUGGCCAACCAGUUAGGAGCGCACAGCGCUCCCUCCAUUAUCGGACUGUUGAACGGCAGAGUCACCUUCUUCCGUCAGGCCAUCGUUCGACAGCACCUGCGACAGUUCGUUGAUGACCUUCUUCCACCAAAUCUGGUGGAAAAGAUCACUGAUGACAACUCCCAGCAUUUUCUGGACAACUGGCAUGUUGAAAAUAAGCCCAGUGUUCUUUUGUUUGACCAAGACUCCAACGUCCCCAUGGUCUACAGAUUAACAGCAUUUGCCUUCCGAGACUACGUUCAUUUUGGCUACGUGGACCAGGGGGACACGCACAAUAUUCAGCUUCUGAGCCAGUUCAACAUCAAUUCGUACGCCCCCACCAUGCUGCUAUUUAAAGAGGACACCAGCAAGCCGGUGGACAUCAUACAGGCUAGGGGAAUGAAGCGGCAGGUGAUGGACGAGUUUGUCUCCAAUAACAAGUUCCUACAGGUUCCCCGGCUUGUCAACCAGCAGCUCUUUGAUGAGCUGUGUCCUAUCAAGCAGUUUCACAGGCGGCGAAAGUAUUGCGUACUGCUGAUUACCAGCGAGGACCAAGCAUUCCUUCCUCCAAAUAAGGCCUUCCUGGACUUUGCCACAUUUAACAGGAAAGACGUGCUACGCUUUGCGUACGUCUACCAGCGUCAGCAGCAGCCUCUCUGCCAGGCUCUGCUUCCCAACCAGGCUGUAGUGUCGCCACAGGUGGUUAUUCUGGAGAGGCGUAGCCCUGCUGGCAAGGUGCUGUACCGCUCUGUGAUUGGUGGGUGGAACGGCAGCGAAGAAGAUAAAUCCCGUCUCCUCGAGCAUCUGGAGCUGGUUCAGAAGGACCCCACCUAUCUGACCUCGGAUGCCACUUUGCCAGAACUCAACAAUGAGAUGGCCCCUAUUUUUCUGAUUCAAUGGAUGAACGCCGCUCGUGAUUACAUCCAUCAAAUUUAUGAUGACCUUCUCUACUCAAACUGGCGAGAGAUGAUGCCCAUCCUCUCAUUGAUCUUCUCGGCGCUAUUCAUUCUUUUCGGGACGGUCAUCAUCCAGGCCUUCAGUGAACCAGGUGAGACCAAACCACGGAAACCGGCAACAAAGGAGCAACCUCAAUCAGACGACGAUACAUCAAAUCGGUCCGCUACCUUCAGCCGUCCCCCCAAGAAGGAUUUUGUGGAGGUGACAGAGUUGACAGACGUCACAUACACCAGUAACUUAGUCAAGCUGCGGCCGGGCCACAUCAACGUUGUACUUGUGCUAACCAACGCCUCGAAGAAUGCCUUGCUGCGCAAGUUUGCCAAAGAAGUCUUUUCUUUCUCUGGGACUCAUACAAUCCACUUCUCCUUCCUUAACGCUGACAAACACCGCCACUGGAUGCCCCUACUUCUGCGCUCGUGCUCCGACGCGUCACCCUGCGGGGAUUAUUCAGACGAGGACGAGGACUCCUCGGACUACCCUGGCCACGUCUUGGCUUUAAACGGUUACAAGAAAUAUUUUUGCCAUUUCAGACCCGUCUUCACAGGGGACGACCUUAGCGAUGCGUCCUUCUCUUCCGGGAGCAGGAGAAAGUCCCGAUCCAGGUCUCGGUCUAGUUCAGACUCUCGAUCCCGUUCCCAUUCCAGGGAGGACGCGAGAUUCAAGAAGGGCUCGAAUAGAGCCACGAGCAUAGAAGUACACCACAAACUCGAUCGCCUGGGACUUUGGAUGGAAAGGCUGAUGGAGGGCACUCUGCCGAGAUGGCACGUGCCGUCCUGGCCUUCUCUUCAACCUGCUGAAAACAUCUACACGGAGAGCUGAAGCCGACAAAACCGAGGUUGUACUCACCUUUAGUGCUCUUUCUUUUGUUUGAAGUUAAAAUUCUGCUGUUUGUGAAGUUAUUAACUAAGGUUUCUUUGUGACCUCCGUGAAGUUGGCUCCCCAUCAGAUGCAAAUGUAUAUUAAAAUGAUGUCAAUAAUUUGUGCUACGUUUAGGGCUGCAACUAACCAUUAUUUUUCUAAUCGAUUAAUCAGCCAAUUAAUUAAACGAUUCCAUUUUAAGACGGUUUAAUCAAAAUGAGGGGCCUGGUUGACCUCAGAUUGACCUUUAACUGAUUUGUAAAUGUCGUAAAAACGAUAGUGGCACAAAUGAAACUUUUUACAGCACAAAAGAUUGAUAUCAUUUUUAUAUAAAUUUGCAUCUGAUAGGGAGGCAACUUUUACGGAUGUUUCUUUGUGCCUGUGCAGAGCUGGCGUGGUGAUCAUUUGCUAGUUUCCAACAUUUGGAAUGCUUUUAUAUAUAUCACGCCUAAUCAUAGACUUCAUAAUAUAUUGACAGGACACAGGGUGCAGGGCCUGCAUUGUUGGCGUGGCCGUCAAAGCUGACCGAGUGGAAUCACAAACGAAGAGCUUUUUACGUUGAAAAUUCUUGUGAAUAAAUGCUUAAAUCCUUGAAUUCUUUAUAGAUAUGGACGUAAAAAAGUUUCGAUUCUUGAUUAAAAGCAUAAAAAACGUGCAGUUAGCAUUUAUUUGAUGUAAAUGUCAAAGUACGAUGCUAGUCUAUUAAGCAAUGUCGCGGCCGCCAUAUGUAAACAGAGCUUUUCCAGUGAAAAUUCUAAUGAAUAAAUGCUUAAAUCCUUGAAUUAUAUAUAGAUGUAGACAUAAUACAGUCUCGAUUCUUGGUUAAAAGCAAAACACUUGCUGUUAGCAUUUAUUUUACGUAAAUACGUCGAAGUACAAUGCUAGUCUGUUAGUCAGUGUGGCUGCCGCCUUAUCUAAACAGAGCUUUUCCGGUGAAAAUUAUUGUGAAUAAAUGCUUACCGUAAUUUUCGGACUAUAAGCCGCUACUUUUUUUCCUUCAUUUUGAUACCUGUGGCUUAUAGUCCAAUGCGGCUUAUUUGUUGAUUUUUUUUUUAGGUAACACUUUAUUUGACAGCGGUGUCAUAAGACUGUCAUAAGAUCAUCAAAAUUAUGACAUGACACUAUCAUGGACAUUACUGAAUGCUUAUGUCAUUAAGUGUCAUUUGGCAAAUUAUGUCACUAACUCAAUCAAAAGAUCCAAGAUGGACAUCUUGGAUCUUUUGCAUCCAUUCAAAAGUGAGAUCAUUUGCCGGAUAACACUUAAUGACAUCUGUUAUAAGCAUUCAUGAAUGCUUAGGACAGAGACAUGUCAUAAUUAUGAUUGUGUAAUGACAGUCUUAUGGCACCACUGUCAAAUAAAGUGUUAGCAAAUACCAUAACUAGCAAUUGGUGAAACAAUUGGAACAGUAACUGAAGAAAUAUUUAGCACAGAACAUGAUUUUUGAUUGUUAUUUACAUCUGUAGCGCUGCAAUGCAUGCUAAGAGGCAUGUUGGAUGACAACAGUCAACAGCAAGUGGCAGCAGAGGUUGACUGUCUCCCCCAAGGGAGCAGUGAUGGCCAAAUGAAGCUUCUUGAAGCAAUAAAGCUGUGCACUAAUUGGUUCAAAGUUAAUGAUGGUUCAUUUGGUCUUAUGACAGUCGGUUGUAUGAUGCCGCUGUCAAAUAAGGUUGUACCGGUUAAUAUUUUUUGGUGUAAAUAUCCCAUGAUACAGUAAGGACAGCUGCGGCUUAUAGUCCAGUUCGGCUUAUCUAUGAACAAAUGCCGUUUUCGUUGGUGUUGGUGUUAUACUUAUAUAGCGCUUUUCCAUCUUUCAAGGCCAAAUUUGGUGAGCUGAGGCUUAUAGUCAGGUGCGCCUUAUAGUGCGAAAAUUAGGGUAAAUCCCUGAAUUCUUUCCAGAUAUGGACGUAAAACAGUCUCGAUUCUUGGUUUAAAGCCAAAAAAAAAAAAAAAAAUGCAUUUUGCAUUUAUUUUACAUAAAUAGGUCGAAGUACGAUGCUAGUCUGUUAGUCAAUGCGGCUGCCGCCCUAUGUAAACAGAGCUUUUUCGGUGAAAAUUCUUGUGAAUAAAUGCUUAAAUUCCUGAAUUCUUUAUAGAUAUGGACGUAAAACAGUCUCGAUUCUUGGUUAAAAGCAAAAAAAAAAAAAAAGUGCAGUUAGCAUGUAUUUUACGGAAAUAUGUCGAAGUACGAUGCUAGUCUGUUACUCAAUGAGGCGGCCGCCAUAUGUAAACAGCUUUUCCGGUGAAAAUUCUUGUGAAUAAAUGCUUAAAACCCCAAAUUCUUGAUAGAUAUGGACGUAAAACAGUCUCGAUUCUUGGUUAAAAGCAAAAAAAAACAUGCAGUUAGCAUUUAUUUUGCGUAAACAUGUCGAAGUACGAUGCUAGUCUGUUACUCAAUGAGGCGGCCGCCAUAUGUAAACAGCUUUUCCGGUGAAAAUUCUUGUGAAUAAAUUAGAGCUGAAACGAGUACUCGAGCAACUCGAGUAACUCGAGUUUAAAAACUGAUCCGAGUAAUUUUAUUCACCUCGAGUAAUCGUUUAUUUUGACAGCUCUAAGCAUCACGUUUUGCUCGGACUACUUUUAAUGCGGGACAACGCGCUGUCACGUGCGGAGAGGAAGAAGGGAAAAAAAAAACACUGCAGCUGACAGCCGCCACAAACGACGCCGACGUUGCCAAAUACUAGCCCGCACGAUGCUAAGUUGGUAACACCUAGCGUCUGAUGCGUCUCAUAAAGAUCACAUGUAUGUUGAACUAGAUGCGCAAUGACAGACUCGGCCGUGUCUGGGCAGCGUUAUCAAACAGCCGCCAUCUUAAAGCAGUACAGCGCUAAGCGCUAAUAAAGAGCGCUAAGCGCUAAUAUAUAAGAUUAACGUUACUGUCGCUACUAGCUCACGUAAAGUUAGCCCUGCGGAGGACUAGGUUUCAAUUAAUUAUGACCACUGUCGUUGCGUGGCUAACGUGUCUUACAUACAGGCUUUAACAUAACAUAGCAUUGUGGAGUGAUGAGGGUGUAAAAUAAAAACUUAAUCAUGCUAACUAUCAAUUUUAGCUCAGUAGUCAUUGCUGGAUAAAACACCAAGUAGCACUGGUCCCUAAUGUGCUCCAAUACAGCCUGUAUCAUACAUUUAUUUUGAACACUGCAAAAACUCAAAAUCUUAUCAGGAAUUACAGUUUAGACUAACUUAAAACUUAACUAGAACUUAAAAAUGGCUUGACACAAAGAGAAAUUCAAUUGAAACACGUGGGAAAAAAUCCUAACUUUUAAGUGAUGUGUGUUAUCAAGCGUAACGGCAUUUUUAGGUAAUAUAUAUAUAUAUAUGUAUAUAUAUAUAUAUAUAUAUAUUUUUUUUUAAAUAAGAUCUAAAAGCUUUUUGAGUGAAAGCAGUGAAUUAGUCUUUUUUUUUUAAUUCUAGCUACAAUAUACAUCGAAAAUAAAGACAUUGAUUGACUGAAAAUGGUUCAAGAUUAGAUUAAAUGUCUUGUUUCUCAUGUAUAUUUAUAAUUGCUCUUCACCUAAAAAUAUAUUUGUUUUAUCCGAUUACUCGAUUAAUCGAUAGAAUCUUCAGUCGAUUACUCGAUUACUAAAAUAUUCGAUAGCUGCAGCCCUAGAAUAAAUGCUUAAAACCCAAAAUUCUUGAUAGAUAGAUGAACAGUCUCGAUUCUUGGUUAAAAGCAAAAAAAAAAACAUGCAGUUAGCAUUUAUUUUGCGUAAACAUGUCGAUUGUGCUGAAAGUGUUUAAGUCACUGUGGCACCGCCUUAUCACCACAAAGAGCUUUUUAUGUUGAAAUAUUUGGCAAUAAAUGCUUAAAUGCCUGAGUUCUUUAUAGAUAUGGUUGUAAAACAGUCUCAAUUCAUGGUUAAUGGCAAAAAAUCUGUGCACUUAGUAUUUAUUUUAUGUAAAUAUGUCAAAGUAUGAUGCUAGUCAGUAAGCAAAUGUAGAGGCCACCUUAUGUAAACGGAGCUUUUUUUUUGUUGAAAAUUCUUGUGGAAAAAAUGCUUAAAUCCCUGAAUUCUUUGUAGAUAUGGACGUAAAACAGUCUCGAGUCUUUGUUAAAGACAAAAAACAGUGCAGUUAGCAUUUAUUUUACGUAAAUAUGUCGAAGUACGAUGCUAGUCUGUUAGUCAAUGUGACGGCCGCCAUAUGUGAACAGAGCUUUUCCAGUGAAAGUUCUUGUGAAUAAAUGCUUAAAUCCCAGAAUUCUAUAUAGAUAUUUGUAACCCGAGUCUGUUCUGUGCCGCCCCGCGUUCCGCUCCCACCUCUGACUAGGCUGGGACGCGAACCCGCACGCCGCGACGAUUCUAGUCGGCAGGCAAGUUCGGUAACCUCUGCGCCAAUAAGAAAUAUGUCGAAGUACAAUGCUAGUCUGUUAGUCAAUGUGGCGGCUGCCUUAUGUGAACUGAGCUUUUCCUGUGAAAAUUCUUGUGAAUAAAUGCUUAAAUCCCUGAAUUCUUGAUAGACAUGGACGUAAAACAGUCUCGAUUCUUGGUUAGAGGCAAAAAAAAAGCAACAAAAAACGUGCAGUUAGCAUUUAUUUUACGUAAAUAUAUCGAAUGUGCUGCAAGUGUUUGAGUCACUGUGGCGCCGCCUUAUCACCACAAAGAGCUUUUUGUGUUGAAAUAUUUGGCAAUUAAUGCUUAAAUCCCUUAAUUCUUUAUAGAUAUGGACGUAAAACAGUCUCAAUUCAUGGUUAAUGGCAAAAAAAUCUGUGCAAUUAGCAUUUAUUUUAUGGAAAUAUGUCGAAGUACGAUGCUAGUCUCUUGGUCAAUGUGGCGGCUGCCUUAUGUAAACUGAGCUUUUCCUGUGAAAAUUCUUGUGAAUAAAUGCUUAAAUCCCUGAAUUCUUGAUAGACAUGGACGUAAAACAGUCUCGAUUCUUGGUUAGAGGCAAAAAAAAAAGCAACAAAAAACGUGCAGUUAGCAUUUAUUUUACGUAAAUAUAUCGAAUGUGCUGCAAGUGUUUGAGUCACUGUGGCGCCGCCUUAUCACCACAAAGAGCUUUUUGUGUUGAAAUAUUUGGCAAUUAAUACUUAAAUCCCUUAAUUCUUUAUAGAUAUGGACGUAAAACAGUCUCAAUUCAUGGUUAAUGGCAAAAAAAAUCUGUGCAAUUAGCAUUUAUUUUAUGGAAAUAUGUCGAAGUAUGAUGCUAGUCAGUAAGUAAAUGUAGAGGCCGCCUUAUGUAAACUGAGCUUUUUUUUUGUUGAAAAUUCUUUUGGAAAAAAUGCUUAAAUCCCUGAAUUCUUUGUAGAUAUGGAUGUAAAACAGUCUCGAUUCUUUGUUAAAGACAAAAAAACAGCGCAGUUAGCAUUUAUUUACGUAAAUAUGUUGAAGUUCAAUGCUAGUCUGUUAGUCAGUGUGACGGCCUCCAUAUGUAAACAGUUUUUCCAGUUGAAAUUCUUCUAAAUAAAUGCCUAAAUCCCUGAAUUCUUUAUAGAUAUGGCCGUAAAACAGUCUGGAUUCUUGGUUAAAAGCAAAAAAACGUGCAGUUAGCAUUUAUUUUAUGUAAAUAUUGCCGACUAUGGUGCUAGUCAGUAAGCAAAUUUAGCGGCCGCCUUAUGUAAACAGAGCUUUUUAAAACGGUCUGGAUUCUUGAGUAAAAGCAAAAAAAACGUGCAGUUAGCAUUUAUUUUACGUAAAUAUGUCAAAGAAUGAUGCUAGUCUGUCCGACAAUGUGGCGGCAGCCUUACAACAAAGAGCUUUUUACGUUGAAAAUUUUUGUGAAAAAACAAAAAAUACAAUAAUUACCUUGAGUCCUCGAACAAAUCACUCCUGAGAAAAUCCUUACUGUUUGUAUGCGGUACAGCUUUCGUACUUUUUCAACCUAGAUCCGGCGUUGGAUCGCUGCAUGUGUCGGUGCGGCCGACUUGGAAUGACCGAAGCAGAUUGUGGGAUGGCCCCCUACUUGAAGGUGUGGUGCAGUGAACGUCAAAUCUAAGCUGUCAAUAUAAUUAUGAAGUCUAUGGCCUAAUAAAAAAUUGUAUGUUUUUUGUUUUUUUUAAUUAUUAUUUUAGGGCACAACAGGCACUUGAAGUGAAUCGUCCAAUCACUAAGAUGUAUACUGAACAAAUGUUUAACUGCAGUGGCAUCGAAAAUGUGUGUUCAUUAUGAGACUGUGGGGCCGAACCAGUUUAUUUUUGGCCAAAUAAGUUAACUCACUUGUUAUCAUUGACGGCGAUAGACGCCCAAUCCAGUUUGGUUGAACAUAUUUAGUUCUGCAUGACAUGAACCAGAGGCGGGUACCGCUUAGAAAAAUAAUAAAUCAUUGAACCAGUUAAGAUGUUGAAGCCUGAACAUUAAAACCCAUCCAUAUUUUUUCUGCUUCGUUUAAAAUGCAUGAAAUCUGAAGUUCAACUCCAUAAAAAAAGCAUUUAGUGAGCUUGUAAUGACACCUUGUUUUUUAGUGGUAUGAAUUGAUUCGCUGCUGAAAAAUGAGUCUUUUAUUGCGUUAAGGGAUAAGAGUUUGAAAAUGUGUAUUUAUUAAAUUAUUUAUAUAUUGUUUAUGUAUAUGGCAUUUUCUUUUUUUCAACCAAUAAAUCAUUU